AUUCUUAUAAAACUCAUCUGGCUGCAUUGUCCAAUUCACACACAUGGGAAAGAACUCACCGGCUAAAUUCACUUAUCAAUUAUACAUCAGACGUUAAGCUCACAGCAGUUCAAGUUCUACAAAGUAUUUAACAGACUUCAAAAUGGCCAGCCAAGAGGAUUUUGAUAAAGCCGCUGAGAAUGUAAAGAACCUCAGCUCUACACCAUCCGACAAUGAUUUAUUGGAACUGUAUAGUUUAUAUAAACAGGCAACAGUAGGAGAUUGCAAUACAGAUAAACCCGGUUUCUUGGACUUCAAGGGCAAAGCCAAGUGGGAAGCAUGGAACAAUCGCAAGGGUACAUCCCAGGAUGACGCCAGAAAUGCUUAUGUGGAGAAAGUUAAGGCUUUAGUACAAGCUCAUGGACUGAAAGCUUAAGCAUAUUAUAAUAACAAAUAUACAACUGAAAUUUUGAACCAAAAACAUGCUAUUGAAUAGCAACUUAAUCAUUUACCAACAAAUUAUUGCAUUUGCUAUAUAUUGGUAUCUAAAUUUUGCAAACAUUACAAACAUUAAGAAAAAAGCCGUCUAUUUUCACACGCACUUUAAUGCACAAGUUUUUUUGUAGUUUAUUAACAUGAAAGUAGAUUUAUAUAAAUCUUUGUAUGCUUUAGUAAAUUAUAAUAAAAGCAACUAUCGAAAAUAAAUUACGUAUACAUUAUUGUAAAAAUA